UACAGUUGGGGGUCAAGCACCAAGCCGACCUAAUUAAAAGCUCAUUACACCAGAGUAUUCCCGUUAAGAGUGGGACCCACGUGCAAAUCCAUCGGUACAGGAGCGCUUUCUGCCUCGGAUUUGGGAAUUCCAGCCCCAGCCCCAGCCCCAGCCCCAGCCCCAGCCCCAGCCCCAGCCCCAGGGCCUGGGAACGACGGCCAGUUAAAGUGACUUUCCCGUCUGUGACCAUCAGAUGGUGAAACUGAAGUUCUGCUCUGUGGGUUACGGUAUGGGUGGCGCCAUGAACUCAGGGCUGGGUGCCUCCAGGUGAAAAAGAAAGCCUUGUGGGGACUUGGAAGCCUUUUGUGUCCUAAGUUAUUGUCUUCCAAACUGCAGAGGUUGAAUCCGGCUUCAGGUUGACCCUUCAGAGUGAAGAGAGAUGCUGUUCCUUUCUUCAUUACCUGCCUAGCACUUCUUCUCUCCCCAUUUCCUAUGCAGGGGCCCCAGCCGGAAGCAGGACAAUAGGGGACUUGGAGCCAUUCCGUAGUGCCAUCCAGAGCAACGCACUGCCGCAGCUCCUCUGAGCCUUUCCAGCAAGUUUGUUCAAGAUUGGCUGUCAAGAAUCAUGGACUGUUAUUAUAUGCCUUGUUUUCUGUCAAGACACCAUGAUUCCUGGUAACCGAAUGCUGAUGGUCGUUUUAUUAUGCCAAGUCCUGCUAGGAGGCUCGAGCCAUGCUAGUUUGAUACCUGAGACGGGGAAGAAAAAAGUCGCCGAGAUUCAGGGCCACGCGGGAGGACGCCGCUCAGGGCAGAGCCAUGAGCUCCUGCGGGACUUCGAGGCUACACUUCUGCAGAUGUUCGGGCUGCGCCGCCGGCCGCAGCCUAGCAAGAGCGCCGUCAUCCCAGAUUACAUGCGGGAUCUUUACCGGCUCCAGUCUGGGGAGGAGGAGGAGGAAGAGCAGACCCACAGCGUCGGGCUGGAGUACCCUGAGCGCCCCGCCAGUAGGGCCAACACCGUGAGAAGCUUCCACCACGAAGAACAUUUGGAGAACAUCCCAGGGACCAGCGAAAACUCUGCUUUUCGUUUCCUCUUUAACCUCAGCAGCAUCCCAGAGAACGAGGUGGUCUCUUCCGCAGAGCUUCGACUCUUCCGGGAGCAGGUGAACCAGGGCCCCGAUUGGGAGCAGGGCUUUCACCGAAUAAACAUUUAUGAGGUUAUGAAGCCCCCGGCAGAAGUGGUGCCUGGGCACCUCAUCACACGACUACUGGACACGAGACUGGUCCACCACAAUGUGACACGGUGGGAAACUUUUGAUGUGAGCCCUGCGGUCCUUCGCUGGACCCGGGAGAAACAGCCGAACUAUGGGCUGGCCAUUGAGGUGACUCACCUCCAUCAGACACGGACCCACCAGGGCCAGCAUGUCAGGAUUAGCCGAUCGUUACCUCAAGGGAGUGGGGAUUGGGCCCAGCUCCGGCCCCUCCUGGUCACUUUUGGCCAUGAUGGCCGAGGACAUGCCUUGACCCGACGCCAGAGGGCCAAACGUAGCCCCAAGCAUCACCCACAGCGGGCCCGGAAGAAGAAUAAGAACUGUCGUCGCCACUCGCUCUACGUGGACUUCAGUGAUGUGGGCUGGAACGAUUGGAUUGUGGCCCCACCAGGCUACCAGGCCUUCUACUGCCACGGGGACUGCCCCUUUCCACUGGCCGACCACCUCAAUUCCACCAACCAUGCCAUUGUGCAGACCCUGGUCAACUCUGUCAACUCCAGUAUCCCCAAAGCCUGUUGUGUUCCCACUGAAUUGAGCGCCAUCUCCAUGCUGUACCUGGAUGAGUAUGACAAGGUGGUACUGAAAAAUUAUCAAGAGAUGGUUGUAGAGGGAUGUGGGUGCCGCUGACGUCAGGCAGUCUUCGGGGACACACAAGUUCCCAUCCACUCACCCACACACUACACAGACUGCUUCCUUAUAGCUGGACUUUUAUCUUUAAAAAGAAAAAAAAAAAAAAAAGGAAAAAAAAAAAACCUAAACAUUCACCUUGACCUUAUUUAUGACUUUACGUGCAAAUGUUUUGACCAUAUUGAUCAUAUAUUUUGACAAAAUAUAUUUAUAACUACAUAUUAAAAGAAAAAAU